UGCAGAGUGAGGUGGUUGCAAUUGAUACAGGUUGUCGCGCCAGUUUGCGUGUGUUUCAAAGUUUCUGGACCGCAUAAGGUGUGAAGUGCUACUGUUCUGUGCCAUGGAUGCUUGAAAUCGACGACCAAGGAUUAUCUAGUGAUUGUUUUGUAACUGUUUUACAGUGCGGAAAUGGUUUGAGAAUUGUUUGCAGUAGUGAUCAGUGUCUUGUUCUUUGUCUAACCACCACGCUGGAUUCUCGGAAUAUGAGGAUUGGAAAGUGAGAUAAAGUUGUGUAUUGGAUUUUUUUUUCCGACCCCCAACGAACUUUGUUACGAAUUGCGAUGAGGCCUGUUUUGAAAGUUUGCCCGCAGUUGGUCGUAAUAGCAGCGUUACUAUGUACAUUUGUUUCCACGGAAGACGGCUUCAGGGACACCAGGGAGGGGGAGGACGUGACGCUCGAGUGCAGGUUUCCCCCGCAAACGUCGAGGGACACUUUAACGUAUUAUUGGGCGAAGAAAAAUAAGCAGACCCACGACAACGUCGCCAUCGGCGAUGUGCCACUCGACGCCAAUUACAAGUUGAAUUAUCAGGUGGAGAAGGGUAUCUACGACCUGCUGAUUUCCAAUGCGAGCUACGACAGGGACAACGGCAAAUUUGAAUGCAAGGUCAAGGCGGGGGGAUCGGGGGCCAACCUGCACGUCCAGAAGUACACCCUCACCGUCCUGACCGCGCCACAGGAGCCCGCCAUCGCCCCCAGCUCGCACGUCACCGUCACCGAGAGCAAGCGCCAGGAGCUGACCUGUUCCAGCAUCGGCGGUUCCCCGGAUCCGCAAGUCAAGUGGUACAGGCAAGGAUCCACGUAUCCCUUGGAAGCGGCUUUAAAAAAUGGCGGCUCGAGGGACCAGCCUACCACCGCCACCCUAUCAAUUAACCCCACCAAGGAAGACGACGAUGCCGUUUUUCAUUGUGAAGUUUGGAAUAGGGCCCUUCCCGAAGGCAAAAAAUUAAUUUCGACGGUAUCUCUAAGCGUUAACUAUUUUCCUCGAGUGGAAGUCGGCCCGGAAAACCCCCUGCGGGUGGAACGAGGAGCGCAGGCCACCCUGCAAUGCACCGUCGACGCCAAGCCCAAAGUGACGACGGUCCGGUGGACGAGAAACAGCAGGUUUAUCAGCUCCUCGCACAACCACAUCAUCCACAAAGUCAGCAUCCAAGACGCGGGCAAGUACACGUGCAGCGCCGAUAACGGCUUGGGGAAAGUCGGCGAGAGGGAGAUGUUCCUCGACGUCCUUUACCCUCCCGUCGUCAAUUUAGAAGCGAAGACCAGGGAGGCGGAAGAGGGCGACUCGGUCUCUAUCAAGUGCAACGUCACCGCGAACCCUAGCCCCAUGACCGUGGAGUGGGUGAAAGACGGCAAGCCGGAUUUCCGUCAGAUGGGAGACAAAUUGGAGCUCAGCCACGUCGGAGCGGAGCAUUCCGGCACGUACAUCUGUCGGGCCGUGAACGUCAUCAGUCCCAGCUCCAUUCCGAUCAGGCGGACGGAGAAGAUAGGCAACGCAUCGAUAGCCCUGCUGAUCCGCCACAAACCGGGCAGGGCCAGGAUAAUGCCCGACAAGCCGAUCGCCACUGAAGGAGCUGCGGUCACCCUGACCUGCACCGCCACACCCCCGGGCUGGCCGGCGCCGCAGUAUCGAUGGUUCAGGAUAGGAAGCGACGGGCAGACCACGAUCCUCGCUACCGGCACGAAGUAUACGAUCGCCAGCGCCAGUCUAGGCUCCGAAGGCGUUUAUAAUUGCCAGGCGACCAACGAGCUGGGCCUGGGGGAGAUGGCCUCGGUGGAGUUGGAGGUCCAGCAGCCCCCGAGCUUCAAAUACAAAUUGAAACCGCUGGAAACCAAGCGAGUGGGGGACCCGAAUUUUUCCGUGGCUUGCAGCGCGAAGGGCAAGCCCAGCCCGAUGGUGAGGUGGCUGAAGGAUAACGAAGAGCUAACGGCCGACGCGAAUAUGUAUGAAGUGAAAACCGACUCGACCGAGAUCGCAAAUGGGGCAACGAGCGUACAGAGCGUUUUGAAAUUCAGUGGGAAGGCCAGGCCGAAUGGUAAUGAGCUGUUGCCGUCCGAUAGGGGCGUGUACACUUGUGCCUUCGAAAAUGAAGUUAAGAAGUCCGAGUCCGCGAUGCACCUCAAAAUCGAACAUGAACCCAUAGUCUUACACCAAUACAACAAGGUAGCCUACGACAUAUCCGAAACCGCCGAGGUGGUAUGCAAAGUGCAGGCAUAUCCCAAACCGGAAUUCAAGUGGUUCUUCGGUACAAACAUUUCCCCGCUUCACUCUUCCUCGGAAGGACAUUAUGUCGUACACACCGCGAGCGACGACAACGACAUUUACACCAGCGUCCUUCGUAUCUCCAAUAUUAAAAAACAGGAUUACGGAGAAUAUAACUGCCAAAUUAUCAAUAAUCUGGGAAAGAUCGAUGCCAGAAUUAGAUUGCAACCCAAAGGACCGCCAGAAAAACCAACAAAGUUGGUUGCUUUCCAUACCGGGCCAAACUUUGUCACCCUAGGAUGGGAGCCUGGUUUUAAUGGAGGAAUCUCCAACACAAAAUAUUUUGUUUCUUACAGGAAAGUGUCCAGUGAUAACGACAUACCCAUUGAAGGUUGUGGGAUAGUAUCCAAGUCAAGUGAUUGGUCUGAAGUGGACUGUCAUCAAAAUGUUCCCUGUAACGUGACUAACCUCGAACAACACCAAAGCUACUUGUUCAAGGUAAAAGCUUUGAAUACUAAGGGAACCAGUGAAAACUCUCAAGAAAUCAGAGAAAGGACACGGGUUGAUAGAAUACCAGUCCCGCACAGAGUAGCGUACGACCGAGCUUCCCACACCUUAUCAAUCAAUGUCCCUGUCACUUGCCUCCCACUAAUAGCCAUUGUAGAAACAGUAAGCAACGAAAAUCACCCCAUUACGGUCUGGCAGGUCAUCGACACUUUAGAUCUACAAGUAUCUGGAUUAGUACCCACUUACAAAGAAAAAAGUUUGGACCGAAUGGGUUCAAGAGGCGACAAAGGCAUGGGAAGGUCAUUCGACGAACCUAUUGCCGUUAAUGACGAAUACAAUCCAAGAGUAAGAGUGAAACUUUGCCUACAAACACACCCCGAACACUGUGGAGAAUUCGUCGAAGCUGAAUUGGGUUACACGCAACUUCGGGAGGCCUCAGCUUUAACAACGCCAACGCUUAUAGCGAUUGUCGUGUCUUGUAUAGUGUUCCUGCUGUUCGUUGGAUUGCUCCUGAUAUUCUGCCGGUGCAAGAGGAACCAAUCCAAAAAGUCACAAGCUAAAGAUUACGAAAUGGAUUCCGUUAGGCCUACCAUUGUCCCUCAGCAAAACCAAGCACCGCCUCCCUACUACCCAUCCACCGGCAUGGACAAUAAAGCUCUAGAACACUCCCUAGACCUCGCCUUAGCUAUGGAAGAUCAGAAAUCUGUGUACGCCACCCAAAACGGAUACGGAUACCACGUCGCCAAUCCAGACAUUCAGUCCAGGCAGAACAUAAACAACCAGGACUGGGCAAAUAUGGGUUACUUGGAGAACAGCUAUUCCAACUCGAACAACGGAGGCAGCGUCAAUUCUCAGGACUCGUUGUGGCAGAUGAAGAUGGCGGCGGCUUCCACCAACUCCAACAGCCAGCUUCAGCCGCACCACAUGAACGUGGACAGGCAGAAUUCGUACGGCUACGACCCGAUCACCCACGGUGGAUACGGCGCCGUCGACGAUUACGCUCCGUACCCGCACAUCACGACUCAAAGUAAUCACGGCGACGAUUAUAUGAGGAACAGUAACAAUCCGUCCAGACAAGACUACUGUAGCGACCCCUACGCGGCUGUUCAUAAACCUAAGAAACGCAUCGAGCAACAUAUUGAUUCCCCAUACCAUGACGUCAGCGGCCUACCAGAUCCCUAUUUGGAGCAAAUGGAAGACGAGAAACCACCGCAGCACAUGUCCUUGAGUUACGAAGAGAGCUUAGAGAGUGGAUACUCCACCCCCAAUUCGCGAACAAGGAGGGUAAUUCGUGAAAUAAUCGUGUAAGCUUUAAAUUCGUAACAAUAAAUUUUAAGCAACAUCGUCCCCCGAAUGAGAGAAUUGUAUGGUUUUUCUCAGCUUGUUUUGGAAAUUAUCUUCUUAAGUACCUGAAAGAUCACAGUUUUAAUGUAGUGUUGUUCAGUUGUCCGUAUUUUUUUUUUUAAUUAUGCGUGUCAUCAUAUCCGAUAUUCCAUGAAUAUUAUUUUUAUUCUUUAGUGUUCAUGGAAAAUUCAUAUACUAGAGAUUCAAGUAUUCUAUGAAUAUUAUAGAAUAUAUUUUUAUAGAAUAUUUUUAAAAUGUCCCGUGCAUCUUAUUUUGAACGUUCCAUGAAUGUUCAUAGAAAAUGUACUGAGAAUUGACACCACGCUGUCCCGCUUUUAGAAUUUUCCAAAUUCGAUCGUACCCAGUAACGCUGGCAACACGAACAUCCUUCACAUUUAGUAUUAACAGUUUGAUUAUUGUCUGUACGCGAAUGUGUGUGAACUUUUACUAUGCCAUUUUAAGUGACUUACGAAUGCCAUUUUAGCCAGAAGUGACGAAAACAUUACGAUGAACAAUUUUAAUGAAAUGUGAUUUAACUUGCAAUAAGUGAUUGUUGUGCUCUAUAUUGUUGUAUUUGUUUAAAUGAUUUCGAGUUGUGUUAAUUGUGUUACUUUCCAUUCGUUAUUUUAUCGUUUUAGUUUAGUGGUCGGUGCGAGGUACAAAUGAGGACUUUCUUCCUUUUUUAUCCUACGGAUUUUAUAUACUUUUGUGUCUUGAAACAGUGCCAAAGGAAACUAACACAAUUUAUCACGCUUGUUAUAUAUUUUUGUGUAAUCGUACUUAAUUGGGAUUUUACAAUAUUUAUAUCUACUUACUUACUUUUUUGGUAAUUAUUUACUACGGCAUAAAAUUUUCAAACUCUCGCGAAAUUUUGCCUACUUCCCUAUGUUUGAGGUGAUGAACACGCGUCUGAAAUAAAGUUACUAUUUUUUUUAAGAAAAAUAUCCAGACAUUUCCAUCUCUGAUCGUCGUCCAGUAAAUUUUUCUGCUCCUCUCUAUACCGUCUGUCAUCUUUGUCUGACUGCCUAAAAUAGGUUACUAAGUACUGAAAAUCAACUUUGUUUACCCGUUCAUGCGAGUCCCAUGAUAUGAAAUAAAAAAAUGUAAAUAAAUGUAACGAACAGUUAAAAACAUAAACAUCUUUAUCAAAUACAUCGCUUUUAAUCGAUAUGCUGCCUGUAUAAAUAAAUUUGCGGUACUUAGUAACCAUAUUUCAAAUGUUAACUGGCAAACUAAAGGGGGAAUUCGAAAAUACGAAAUCGCGUUGAGAAUGGGAUCUGCCAAUAGGCCGAUUUUAUGUUAAGGGGUAAUAUAAAUAUUUUAAAUAAAUACAUUUUUCCUUCAAAUUUCUGAAAAUAGGUACGUUUGUCAGAAUUAUUAGAUCUUUAUUUACGUGUUUUAAAGCAUGUAUAGACCGCCAGGUGUUACAAUGAGCGAGGAUUCGAGUGAUGUGUUAGGUUUGUAAGUUAGAAUUGUGAAAAAAAAUUUUCUCGAAAACUAGGUUCAAUCGCACAAAAAUAACUUGAGAAUCGUGUUCAGCACCAUUGAAAAUGACUAUGCAUUUCUGAGAGUUUUACGCUGUAGCAAAAUUUGCCACUUUUUUAUAUGACAGUUAGAAGUGCAGCGGAUUGCUUUUGUACUUUUUUAAUUUUAGACUUUUUUUCAAUUUUUCAAAUUGAUCUCAGAGAUACGGAGUUAUAAUUAUGCUGAUGUCCAGUCAAAAAAAAACCGAAUAAACGUAAUUUCGCUCUCAAGAUGUAAAUUCCAAUUUUUUUUGUUCUUCGUUUUUUGUUAUUUAAAUUGCAGUUAUAAUUAUAUUUUUACCAAAACUAAAACAAUCCUGGCCUACAUAAAUUGUAUAUUUUCGUUUAUUCUUUGACUGGGAUAUCUAAAAAUUGUGUAUUCUGGGUUUUUUCUUAUCUUAUUUACAAAGAAAUCUGAUUUGUUUUUAGUGCUUUCUAUCAUUCUAGGAACACUUGAUAUAGUAAACAACUUUUGGUUAGUUAAGAAAUCUAGAAUACACAAAUUGACUUUUUUUUAAUGUUUUGGUUUUUUAGAAAUUAUGGAGAAAUCCUAACAACGUAUUUUAAAAUAUCAAUG